AUGCUGCUCUGCUGCGGACCAUGCUUCUCCAACGCUCAUGAUUUCUUGGGGCUCGUCCCGCAUCAAGACCGCUCCCCAACCGGCUCCAGAGGAACAAGUGUAGAGGGUCAUUGUCGGCGCUCUCGUUGCCAUGACCGGCGCUGUCGCUCGUGGGCGGUUCUUCUGAGCCAGGUCGUACCACUAUUUAAGUUGUGCAUGCGCCGUUGGGCGUGUGCAGGCCGGCUCCUUCACCAGGAGAGGUGUCCGGAUGAGCUGAGACAGCCUUCGUCUAAUGAGCUUCGACACCCAAUAGAACUCUGCGGUGCGGAUAUGUAG